AUGCCAUUCGACACAAAGCUUACUCGUGCUCUGGGCAUCAGGAUCCCCAUCGUCCAGGGUGGUAUGCAGUAUGUUGGAUACGCUGAAAUGGCCUCUGCCGUGUCCAACGCGGGUGGGCUGGGUUUACUCACUGCGCUGACCCAACCAACACCGGAGGAUCUGAGGAAGGAAAUCCAACGUACCAGGACCAUGACCAAGUACCCAUUCGGUGUCAAUAUUACGUUACUACCGUCUUUGAACCCGCCCGACUAUGGCGCCUACGCUCAGAUAGUUAUUGAAGAGGGUGUGAAGGUUGUCGAAACGGCCGGAAACAGCCCCGGGCCGGUCAUUAAGCAGCUCAAAGCUGCGGGUAUCAUUAUCUUGCACAAGUGUACCACCAUCAAGCACGCACAGAGCGCCAUCAAGCUCGGCGUUGAUUUUCUGUCGAUAGACGGCUUCGAGUGUGCUGGACACGUGGGCGAGUCAGACAUCACCAAUUUCAUCUUGCUCAGCCGCGCACGUCAGUCGCUUGAGGUACCAUUUAUCGCUUCUGGCGGAUUCGCUGACGGCCAAGGUCUGGCUGCCGCUCUGUGCCUCGGUGCCGAGGGGAUCAACAUGGGGACUCGUUUCAUGUGUACCGUCGAGGCCCCGAUCCAUCAGAACAUCAAGGAGGAGAUUGUCAAAGCCUCUGAGACUGAUACGGCCUUGGUCAUGAGGCGAUGGACUAACACCACCAGAUUAUACAAGAACAAGGUCACCGAACAAGCCUUAAAAGUGGAAAGAGAAAGCAAGAGCGAUAAAUUUGACGAGAUGGCACCCCUCGUCAGCGGCAAACGAGGCCGGGAAGUAUUUAUCAACGGUGACCCCGAAUACGGUGUCUGGACCGCUGGCCAAGUCAUUGGCCUCAUUCAUGACAUUCCCACCUGCGAGGUACUCAUGACGCGGAUCGAGAAGGACGCAGAGGAGACGCUUACUUCGAAGCUGAAGUUGGUUGCAGCUAAGCCUAAGCUGUGA